UUUCAUUUCUCGUCACCAUCCCAUAUAAAAACGACGCAAAAACCCCGCCUUCGCCUUCUCUCUCUCAAAACCCUAACCCUAAAAAGAGUCUUUCUCCACCCAGCGAGUCGUUGCUCCUGACACGGGAUUGAGUAGCUGCUAAAAUGAGCCGAGGGAGUGCAGCGGGCCCCAAGGGGAAGAAGAAGGUAUCAACAUUCACGAUCGACUGUGCGAAGCCCGUGGAGGACAAGAUCAUGGACAUCGCAUCCCUUGAGAAGUUCCUGCAGGAGAGGAUCAAGGUCGGCGGCAAGGCCGGCGCCCUUGGCGAUGUCAUUACCAUUGCCCGUGAGAAGAACAAGAUCAUGGUCACCUCUGACAGUGCAUUCUCCAAGCGGUAUUUGAAGUACCUGACAAAGAAAUACUUGAAGAAGCACAAUGUGCGUGAUUGGCUGCGAGUAAUCGCGUCCAACAAAGACCGCAACAUCUAUGAGCUACGUUACUUCAACAUUGCGGAGAAUGAAGGGGAGGAGGAAGACUGAGCGUAUUUUUCCUUUUAAAAAAAAAGUAUAAUCCAGUUCGUCGUAUUUUCUACUCUUUUAGUUUUUGGUGAGCUAUCCCAAACUGGCAGUUUGUAGGCUUUUGAUGUGAUUCUUUUUUCAAGCUUAGCAUCUUUUGUUUAGAGAACGAGAGCGUCGAGCUAGGUGUUUUCUCCUCGUUGAUAUUCGAUGGUUGGAUUUUUUAUUUUUUUUAAUGAUUGCUUCACUUUAAUAAACUGGUGUAUUGAUUUCUUGAUUCUUGUAA